CCUGUCUGCUCAGCUGCUCUCCUGGCAACCUCUAGACCCUCACUCAGCUUUCGGUUCCUGAGAAAAUUGGAUCUGCCAGCAAAGAGGCAAGAGAGGAAACAUACCUGUUGACAUGAAUUUGUCCCAGAAGCCCCAGAGGGUGCACCCACAGGAGCAGGAUGGGUCAUGUGAGAGAUUGGUGUCCUUUGAGGAUGUGACUGUGGACUUCAGCCAGGAGGAGUGGCGGCGCCUGGACCCUGCCCAGAGAUGCCUGUACCAGGAGGUGAUGCUGGAGAUCUACAGCCACCUCUUGUCAGUGGGCUACCCUAUUCCCAGCCCUGGGGCCAUCUUCAGGAUAAAGAAAAGAAAGAAGGCACAGGCAGGAGAGGCUAAGUUCCCACAUCAUCAGUGUUGGUGUCAAGAAGUGGAAUCAGAGUUUUACACUCCCCGACAGAAAGCUUCCGAGAAUGCAGCAUUUCAAACCAGAAAGGCGAGUGCACUCUCAGGGCAUGGUUUGUGGUGCUCUAUUUUAGAAGUACUGUGGCAAGACCCCGACCUUACAAAAAGAGAUUGGCAAAGCCAGAUCCCACCCUGGAGUCCUGGUGCUUUCCUCAACAAGAAAACACAGAACACAGACAGAGACUGUGGUUGUAAAGAGCCCAGGAAAACCACCCCCUUGGUAUCUAACCUUAUUUCUACACAAAAGGGAGCUCCAAAGUCACUUGCGAAACAUUUGAAGCGCAACCUUGAAGCAAAUGGUGAAGAACAAGGCAACGUCACAAAGCAGCUUAAUGACAUUGUUACGUCUGGUCGACUCUGCAUGCAAGACGCUAACUGUACAGUUCCUCACGAAGGGCGGUGCGAAGGUGACCAGUGCAGAAAAGUUCCCAUCCACAAACAACCACUUGCAGAGAAAGAAGUCCAUUCUCACGAGAAGCCAGAUGAAGGCACGGAACGAGGAAGGACCGACAAUGCGUCUGCUUUCUGUCAACAUCAGACAGCUCACACCGGAGAAGGACCUCUUGUCUGUCACAAGUGUGAGGAAGCCUUCCUCCAGAAGACAGAGUUUGCCUCCCAUCAAGAAACUCACCCAGAGAAACCUUAUGAGUGUCCCGACUGUGGGAAAUCGUUUAGCCGAACAUCCAACCUGCAGGUCCAUCAUCGAAUUCACACUGGAGAGAAACCUUACGAAUGCCGGGACUGUGGCAAAUCAUUCAACAACACAUCCCAGCUGAAGGUACAUUAUCGAAUACACACAGGCGAGAGACCUUACGUGUGUCCCGUGUGUGGGAAGGCCUUCAAGCAGAAAUCAAUCCUCAGCACGCAUGAGACGAUUCACACUGGGGAGAAGCCUUACAAAUGUACCAUUUGUGGGAAACUGUUCAGCUGUACGUCCCGACUGAAGGUGCAUUAUCAGAUUCAUAUGAAGGAGAAGCCUUACGAAUGUGGUGACUGUGGGAAGGGCUUCAAGCGAAAGUCAAGCCUCACCGUUCACCAGAAGAUCCACAGCAGACAAACACACCAUGCGUGCAGCGAGUGCGGGAAAGAGUUCAGCCAGAAGUCAGAGCUCAGCACGCACCAGAGACUUCACCUGGGGAAGAAUUCUCACAAAUGCGCCGACUGCGGGAAGGCGUUUACUUACGCAUCCCAACUGAAGAUGCACCAUCGAGUUCACACGGGGGAGAAGCCCUACAAGUGCCGGGACUGUGGCAAGUCCUUUACGUACUCAUUCACCCUGAAUGUGCAUCGCCGGAUUCACAAGGUGGAGAAGCCUCACAAGUGCAGCGUCUGCGGGAAAGCCUUGGCUUCUAAGUACCAGCUGGAAGAACAUGAGCGGAUCCACACAGGGGAGAAGCCUUACGUGUGUACUGAAUGUGGAAAAGGCUUCCAUGGUAGGUCAGGUUUCCUACGGCAUCAGAUAACUCACACUAGGGAUAAACCUUUUGUCUGUCAUAAAUGUGGGAAGGCCUUCUUUCAGAGGUCACAGUUGACAUCUCAUCAGCAAACUCACACGGGAGAGAAGCCGUAUCCGUGUCGUUACUGUGGGAAAUCAUUCAGCCACACAUCGCAGCUGACAGUCCAUCAUCGAAUCCACACAGGGGAGAGACCUUACAAAUGCAACUACUGUGGGAAGUCGUUCAGUAAUUCCUCCCAACUGAAAGAGCAUCUACGAAUUCAUACUGGGGAGACACCUUACGCAUGUUCCGAAUGUGGGAAGGCCUUCAGCCGAAGAUCAUCCCUCAAUCUACACACGAAAAUUCACACUGGAGAAAAACACCAUAUUUGUAGCGAGUGUGGGAAAGCCUUCAGUCAGAAGUCAGUACUGCGAACACAUCAGAGAAUACACACUGGGGAAAAGCCUUACAAAUGCGGUGACUGUGGGAAAGCCCUAGCUUCAAAGGGCCAGCUUCGAGAUCAUCAGCGGAUUCACACGGGCGAGAAGCCCUACGUGUGCCCCGAAUGUGGGAAGGGCUUCUUCGGCAGGUCGUCUUUGCACAGACAUCAGAUGACUCACACUAAGGAGAGACCUUUUGUCUGUCAAAAAUGUGGGAAGACCUUCAUCCAGAAGUCAGCACUGACAUCCCAUCAGCAAAUUCACACAGGCGAGAAGCCCUACGUGUGCCCCGAGUGUGGGAAGGGCUUCUACAAUAAGUCGUCUUUACCUAGACAUCAGAUGACUCACACGAAGGGGAGAUCUUUUGUCUGUCAAAAAUGUGGGAAGGCCUUCCUCCAGAAGUCUGUGUUGAAAUGCCAUCAGCGGACUCACACUUGCAAGAAGCCUUAGGAAAGCCAUAGGAAAUUGUCCCAUAAUACAACCCACCCUAGACCCAUCAUCAUUCCUACACAGGAAUGUAGAGGGGAUGAGAAUUCGCCCUGCAGUGCAUCCCAACUGGAGGUGCAGCACUGGAUUUAGACUGGAGAAAGAUACUACUGUGUUCUGAGUGUUGAAAGGCUUUUAACAGUGUGUCAGGUUAUAAUAAAUGCCAAGCACCUCAUACCAGA